CGGCUGGAAAUGGGCGGUGUUGGGAUUUAUUUGGCAAACUUCAUUUUAACAUCUAUUUCAUAGAUCACUAAAUAACACCUCAGCAGACUUGUGUAUGGCAAUGAGACAUUGAAUUUUGAUGCUUAUCAAAGGUAUACCUUAAUCCAUUAACAGAUGGUAAACCUAUGUGACUUCAUAGUUCAUUCUUUGUUUUGAUUUAGAUGAUAUGCUCAUAAUUUUCCCAGUUCCAGAACAGAUUGAUUUAUUAUGGCAAGUUUUUUUCUGCUGCCUUUGGAACUGAAAGAAUACAUUUUCAAAUUUCUGUCUGGACAAGAUUUAUGGACAUGUUUGAGUGUAUCAACUGAAUGGCGGAGGAUUUGUAAUUUUGAAAAACUAUGGAAAAAUAUUUGCCAUAAUGAGAGUAUUGCCAUUGAGUAUUUUCUCGAUGAAGAAGAAGACAAUUUCUUAACAUUGUGUAAGUAUGCUGUUUCAUGGAAGCUGAAUUCUUUGACAGUUGCCAAGUGGCGUACAAAUGGUUUUAAGGAGCACUUAAUCCCUUACAAAAAUUCUGAAGAACUAACUUGUCGGGGAAUUUUCACUUACAAAAAAAUGAUGGCUUUAAUAUCAUCCAAAUCUACUAAUGAUAACUCUGAUGAUUAUAUUCUUCAAAUUCACUCCUUUGAUAAGAAAUCAUAUUCUGUGGAUGAAAUUACUCUAUCAUACCCAAAACCUCAUGCUGUGACAAUUAACAAUAAUUAUGUUAUAAUCUCAAGUGGUAAUAUAGUGAUUAUUUAUAAGAAAGGUAAAGAUUAUAAACUGUACUUAGGCUUAGCCUUUGGUGAUGAUUCUAAAUUAUAUUUAGCCACUGAAGGUGUACCUGAAUUUGCUUUGUUAAAAUUGCAUACAAAACCCUAUGUACGCAUGGAGGCCUUGUUAAAUGAAUAUUUAUGGUUGUCAUGUUUGAAUACUUCCUUCCAUUUCUUGUAUAUUGUUAACUUAAAAACCCUUCAGUUAUUAGACCUUAAGAUCACGUCACGUUUUAUACGUGUCACUAGAAAAUAUGUUGUAGUUUCAACCAAUGAUGAGAUACUCUUAUUCACUCAUAAAGGAGAAUUACUGUUGAAAUUAAAUAUUCAAGGUAGGUUUAAAGCAACUGAUGAAUUCAUUGUAACAUCUCCAGAACAAGGGAAACCAUUAACCAUUUGGACUAUUAAAGGUAAAAGAUUACAUGUUAUACCUGGACCAGUGUUCUUUGAACUUGAUCCAGUUAGAAAUUGUUUGUAUGAGUGUACUAGAAAUGGUGAAGAAAAUUGUAAAUUAUCUGCAAUAUGUCUCCAAACUGGUGCUUGUGUAUGGAGUUCUGAAAUGAAAAAAUGUAGAUUGUCAGAAAUUGAUGAUAUGUAUCAAGUUUGUGAUAAGUUUUUAAUUAUUGAUUUGUACAAAGAAACUUAUACUCCAAACUUCCAUAACGCUUUUGUUUUUGAUUUAAAUAACAAAACAUUAUUAUAUAAGACUGCUUUAUCAGGUUACACUGUAAGAGUAUCUAAAAACUUAUGGGUUCUAAAAAGAGAAGAUGAGUUAAUUGUUCAAAUAUAUUAAUGUUACCACUUAUUGAUGAUUUAAAAUUUUAAUAGAUGUUAUUAGUAUUUAUAUAUUUAUUUUUAUUAAGAUGUAAUCGUUGUUUUAUUUUCAAACAAAUCUGUAUAUACUGAUUAAAUCAUUGUGUAUUUCAUAUUUAUAUCAAAUACAUGUUAUAUUUAUGCAAAACUACAUUUACGUUAAAUUCUGUUUACCUCUUCACAUUGAGGUUACCUUAAAAACUUGCUCAAUGGAAAAUCAUGUCUUGUUUUUUAUUUCAAUGAUGGUUCUGUCCAAUUAAAGAUAAUUCUCAGGUUAAUCAUUGAUGUGUAUAUUGAUUCCAGUCCCCUUGGCAUUUUAAAUUGUAA